CCCAUGGUUCCCCAGAAUUAACCCUUCUCUCUCCUCCCCCAACAGGUUGGUUUUUGGAGGUGUCCCUGCUGAAGGACAAAGAGUUCUCCCAUGUGACACCCCAAGGUGCCUUUGAGGAAAGCUCUCCGGACCUCCUUAUGGGCUGAUGGAGAAGUGGGCUCCCCACACCCUCUCUGUCCCCAGCUGAGAUUAUGGUGGAUUUGGGAUACAGCCCAGGCCUGGGCCUCCUGCUGCUGACCCAGCCCCGGAGGCGUUAGCAAGAGCCCUGUGCCAUCCACCCCCCCAGAGACCACCCCUCCUACCAGGGGCCUGGAGCUGGCGAGUGACUAUGCGGCUUGGGCUGUGUGUGGUGGCCCUGGUUCUGAGCUGGAUGCAUCUCGCUGCCGGCGGCCGGGGGAUCAAGGGGAAGAGGCAGAGGCGGAUCAGCGCCGAGGGGAGCCAGGCCUGUGCCAAAGGCUGUGAGCUCUGUUCCGAGGUCAACGGCUGCCUUAAGUGCUCACCCAAGCUGUUCAUCUUGCUGGAGAGGAACGACAUCCGCCAGGUGGGCGUCUGCUUGCCGUCCUGCCCACCUGGAUACUUUGAUGCCCGCAACCCUGACAUGAACAAGUGCAUCAAAUGCAAGAUCGAACACUGUGAGGCCUGCUUCAGCCAUAACUUCUGCACCAAGUGUAAAGAGAGCUUGUACCUGCACAAGGGCCGCUGCUAUCCCGCCUGUCCCGAGGGCUCUGCGGCUGCCAACGGCACCAUGGAGUGCAGCAGCCCCGCACAAUGUGAAAUGAGCGAGUGGUCUCUGUGGGGGCCGUGCUCCAAGAAGAAGAAGCUCUGUGGCUUCCGGAGGGGCUCGGAGGAGCGGACACGGAGGGUGCUCCACGCCCCUGGGGGGGACCACACCGUCUGCUCCGAUACCAAGGAGACCCGGAGGUGCACUGGGCGGAGGACGCCCUGCCCGGAGGGGCAGAAGAGGAGGAAGGGCGGCCAGGGCCGGCGGGAGCAUGCCAACAGGAAUCCCAGCCGGAAGGAGAACAAGGAGGCGGGCGCCGGCGCUCGGAGACGCAAGGGCCAGCAGCGGCGGCAGCAGCAAGGGACAGUGGGGCCGGUCACCUCUGCGGGGUCCACCUAGGGACACUGUUCAGCCUCCGGGCCCGUGCAGAAAG